AUGGGGGCUCGAGAUCGUCCUUCGAGGUCUACAGCCUCUUCAAGGGCUUCUUUAUCCAGAGUCGCCACUGAGAAAUCGGCCCCUGCUCUCGAAGCACUCCCUAAGCGCAGCAUCAACCGGAGUCAAGUGCGACCUCCUGCAUCUGGAGUCACGGAGAUCCCAGACUCUGACGAUGAUGAGAUUUCUGCCUCCACCUCAAAGCGGACAUUCAAAGCAGUCGUAAUCCCUAAGCGUGAUUUGGCUCCUGCAAAGCGCCGUGGCAGGCAGUCCGAGUCAACGGCUCCGUCUUCCAUCGCCGACUCAAUGGACUCACCUGAUUAUGAAACCCCAGGAACUAGCACUGUCCCAACACCUGAUCCAGGCACAUCGAAAGCGAGGGUUGGAGCGACAGCCAGGGCUUUGCAACUGCAAUCCUCGGAAUUUUCUCUUCGCAGCUGGGGUGGGAAUUGGAGAAAACGAAACAUCGCUGAAAUCACCGAUUCAGAUUUUGAAGAUGCCGAUGCGCAACUUGCGGAAAAACUCCAGAGAGAAGAGUACGACAUGGUCGUGGAUUCGGAGGACAGCGACGACGAGCCUUUGAGCAAGCGCCGUCGCACUCGACCCUCCGUUGUUGACAUGAUAGACGAUGACGGCGACGACGACGAUGACGUGCAAAUCUCUCACGUUCGUCAGCCUCGAAACGGGCUCCCCCUCCGCAACCAUGACUCUUCCACUGCUGGUGCUGCGGCUUCACUCUCCAGCUCAGGGCUCUCUUCAGUGGACCCGAACGAUGAUACAGAGUUGUCCGAUUUCACCGAACCAACUCUGUCAAUGAACUCGGCAGACUAUAGUGAGGUCGACGACGACGACGAUGAUUCAACCGAACCGCCGUGGACUCGGAAGGGUCGUAAGUCCAUGGACUGGACAAAACUAAGUGAAGAAGAGAUACUGUUCUGGGCAGACCCUGCGAAGCGGCGUCAAUUGAGAGAACGCAAACGCUUGGAAAAAUCUCACCCAGAAAUCAAGACCAUGUGGACGGACCUCGCAAAGAUCCCAGUCAUCAAGCCUGUGCAAGCGCUGCAACCAACCGGCAUCAGUCGAAGGCUGAAACCAUUCCAGCUUGAGGGUUUGGACUGGAUGGUGAAACAGGAGAAGUCCCAGUGGAAAGGUGGCCUGCUCGGUGACGAGAUGGGCAUGGGAAAGACCAUUCAGGCUGUCAGCCUUAUUAUGUCUGACUAUCCUGCCAAAGCUCCCAGCCUAGUGGUUGUCCCUCCAGUGGCACUCAUGCAGUGGCAGUCGGAGAUUAAAGAAUAUACCAGUGGAAAGCUGAAGGUGCUGGUUUACCACUCUUCUGCCAAUCCAAAAUGCAAGCUUCUCACGGUCAAGGACUUGAAAAAGUACGAUGUCAUCAUGGUGUCUUAUUCUGGUCUAGAGUCGAUGUUCCGAAAAGAGCAGAAGGGGUGGACUCGAGGCGAUGGAAUCGUCAAGGAGGACAGUGUUUUGCAUUCGAUCAAGUAUCACCGACUGAUCCUCGACGAGGCUCACAGCAUUAAACAGCGCACUACUGGUGUAGCAAGGGCCUGUUUCGCUUUGAAAGCCACCUACAAAUGGUGCUUGUCUGGCACCCCUGUUCAGAACCGCAUCGGCGAGUUCUUCUCCCUCUUACGCUUCCUUGAGAUCCACCCCUUUGCAUGCUAUUUCUGCAAGACAUGCGACUGUCGUGAACUGCACUGGUCUCAGGAUGAGUCGAAAAGAUGCGUCAAAUGUCAGCACAGCGGCUUUAACCACGUCUCUGUGUUCAACCAGGAGAUCCUCAACCCCAUCACCCAGGGCGGCAAUGAAAAACUCAGAAAAGAAGGCCUGGACAAGCUGCGUCUUAUUACCGACCGCAUCAUGCUUCGUCGCAUGAAGCGCGAUCACACGUCUUCCAUGGAGCUGCCACCGAAAGAGAUCGUUAUACACAACGAAUUCUUUGGAGAAAUUGAACGCGACUUCUCUCAGAGUAUCAUGUCAAACUCGACUCGGAAAUUCGACACCUAUGUUGCGCAAGGUGUGAUGCUGAACAACUAUGCCAAUAUCUUCGGUCUCAUCAUGCAAAUGAGACAAGUCGCCAAUCAUCCCGACUUGAUUCUACGCAAAAACGCAGAAGGCGGGCAGAAUGUUCUCAUCUGCUGUGUCUGCGACGAGCCAGCCGAAGAUGCCAUCCGUUCACGGUGCCGCCAUGAAUUUUGCCGCCAGUGCGCCAAGUCAUAUGUCCAGUCCUUCGCGGGUAGUGCCUACGGAGGUUCUGAGGAUGAUGCAGAUUGCCCCAGAUGCCACAUUCCCCUGGUGAUAGAUUGGGACCAGCCUGAAAUCGAGCAGGAUGAAGACAACAUCAAGAAGUCCUCCAUUAUCAACCGCAUUAAGAUGGAGGACUGGACCAGCUCCACCAAAAUUGAAAUGCUCGUGUAUGAUCUGUACAAGCUGCGCAGCAAGAAACAGACGCACAAAUCCAUCGUGUUCUCACAGUUCACCAGCAUGUUGCAACUCGUCCAGUGGAGACUGCAGAAGUCGGGGUUCAGCACGGUGCUGUUGGAUGGAAGUAUGACCCCUGCACAGAGACAAAAGACGAUUGAACACUUCAUGAAUAACGUCGACGUUGAGGUCUUCCUCGUCUCGCUCAAAGCUGGCGGUGUCGCUUUGAACUUGACUGAGGCCUCUAGAGUAUACAUCGUGGACCCGUGGUGGAACCCUGCCGCCGAAUGGCAAUCUGCGGACCGUUGUCAUCGGAUCGGUCAGCGUCGCCCUUGCGUCAUUACUCGGUUGUGUAUCGAAGACUCGGUCGAAUCAAGGAUGGUGCUGCUCCAAGAGAAAAAGGCCAACAUGAUCAAUGGCACGGUCAAUAAUGACCAGGUCGCGUUGGACAAAUUGACGCCAGAGGAUAUGCAAUUCUUGUUCCGUGGUUCUUGA